AUGGCCGACACGUCCAAACAGACUGAUGGCCCAGAUCCCUGGGACCCCUCAGCAUGGGAUCCCUCGACCAUGCCCGACUUCGAUGACGAUUUUAUAGGAGAGGACGAUGUGCAGGAGUUCGCUAAAGCCCUUGCCGCUCCCGACUUUACUUCUCCCUCCGAGGACGACCUUCUAAAUCCCUCGAAUCAACCUCCUCAGUUCUUCACCGCUCUCAAUGACUGGGCUCCUGUGAGACAGAAGGUGAAAGGCCAGAAACAGCAGAAAGAGNAAAAGAAGAAGCGUCCUCCGCGUCGAGGCAAGGACGAGACAAGAGAAGGAUGGACAUACAACCUGCUCAAGUGGCCACUGCUCUUUGUCGUCCUGGGCUGGAUAACGGCUUUGGGCAUCUCAUACACCUUCACCCGCCUGUACAUCUACCUGUACGAACAGUUCGUGACUUGGCGAGGAAAGCGUGAGCAACUACGUGCUAGUUUACGCCACAAGUCCAACUAUGAGGACUGGAUCAAGGCUGCCAAGGAGCUCGAUGGCCAUCUGGGCAGUGACAAGUGGAAGACUGCGGAUGAGUAUGCCUACUACGACAGCAAGACCAUUCGUCGUGUCAAGCAACGUCUGCAAUCCUUGAAAGCAAAGGUCCAGGCAGAAGCUACCGAUGAACCCUCCAUGUCUCCAAUGUCUCCUGGCACGCGUGCUGUUGACGAGCUGAGAGGUCUUGUUGAAGCUUGUGUCAAGAACAACUUUGCUGGCUUUGAGAAUCCUCGCCUCUACUCAGAAACUUACUUUGGGACCAAGAAUCUCGUCCAAGACUUCAUCGACGAGACAUCAGAUUGUAUUAAGCUCUUGUUAGACUCGGAUCAACUUGGACUAGAAGAUAAACGUGCUAUGGUUAAGCACCUUAGCACUAAUUUCGGCCGCACUGCUCUCUGUCUAUCUGGUGGUGCCACCUUCGCAUAUUAUCACUUCGGAAUAGCAAAGGCACUCUUGGACGCCGAUCUUCUACCAUCAAUCAUUACUGGCACUUCAGGAGGUGCUAUUGUAGCUGCUUUGCUCUGUACUCGGACAAAUGAAGAGCUCAAGAAGACGCUAGUCCCUGCUUUAGCUGCCAGAAUCACCGCUUGCAGAGAGCCUUUCUCAGUAUGGUCUCGACGCUGGUGGAAUACUGGUGCUCGCUUCGAUGCUGUCGACUGGGCCAGACGGUCUGCUUGGUUCUGCCAUGGCUCUCUAACUUUCCUCGAGGCCUUUGAAAGGACGGGUCGCAUACUAAACGUGUCUUGUGUACCUUCAGACCCACAUUCACCAACCAUCCUUGCAAACUACCUGACAGCUCCUGAUUGUGUCGUCUGGUCUGCUGUUCUUGCAUCAGCUGCCGUUCCCGGAGUUCUCAACCCAGUGGUGCUCAUGAGGAAGAAGCGAGAUGGUACUUUGGAACCCUAUGCUUUCGGUCACAAGUGGAAGGAUGGAUCGCUGCGUACUGACAUCCCACUGAAAGCCCUUAAUUUGCAUUUCAAUGUCAACUUCAGCAUCGUCUCACAGGUCAAUCCUCAUAUCAACCUCUUCUUCUUUUCCUCGCGCGGUAGUCCUGGCAGACCAGUGACGCAUCGACGUGGUCGAGGCUGGAGAGGAGGCUUCCUUGGCUCUGCUCUCGAGCAGUAUCUUAAACUGGACUUGACGAAGUGGCUCAAGGUUCUCAGACAUCUGGAACUGCUUCCUCGACCGAUGGGUCAAGACUGGAGUGAAGUGUGGCUCCAGCGCUUUUCUGGAACUAUAACUAUCUGGCCAAGAUCCAAGCCCUCCGAUUUCUGGCACAUUUUAGCUGAUCCAUCGAAAGAGCGUCUCGCGGGAAUGAUUCAAAACGGACAGCAGGCCACCUUCCCAAAAGUCAAAUUUAUCGCCAACCGCAUGAAGAUUGAGAAGAUUGUGGAGGACGCACGACAGGCAUUGAGGCCCAAUCCUCAUGCUCUGCCUACCCCUUCGAUUGAGAAGAGUCAAAUGCUGAGCAAUGACGAUCUCGCGUCAAUGCUUGACCAAGCAGGUUCAGAUAGUGAUGAUUACAAGUCAAGUCCACUCCUGUCUGCAGAUGCGGAUAGACCACGAAGUACCAAUAACUCCAAAAGCCAGUCUCCAAUGGGAUCACGUUUCGAGGAGCGUAGAGCGCCACCUUCAUCGUUUGCUAGACGCUUCAGUGGCUGGUUUGGCAACAUGCCGCCUCGUCCACGGAGCGACGCCGUGCGCCCGGAUAUAAGUCGGCUGCAGCGCGAGGACACACCAGACUAUGCCAGAAGAGGCAGCGUUAUUCAAGAGCUGACACGUCAAGCAAGCGUAUUCUUCGCUGAGCCGGAGACCGAAAGCGAGAAGGAGGAUGAGGGUGAAGAUGUCGCUCCGUAUGGUGAAAGCCAAAGAGACUGGCGAGAUUUUGGCGACGGCGAUACCACAGCGAGCGAGGAUGAAGCUAAUGCUUUUGUCAAUGGGAGUCGAAAGGCCAAGACUAGCUAG